AUGAGUGUAGGAAAGUCUCCUCGCUAUAACGUUGUGUCAUCAUCAGAGGAGGACAUUCGUCGCCACGGCAACAUGCCCGCGCUUGGCAAUGGCUUUGGAAAUGGUAAGAUCCAGACGCGGCGGAAGCCACGUGCACGCUUUGUUAACAAAACCGGACAGUGUAACAUCAACUUUUCACACAUGGAAGAGCAAUCGCAGCGCUACUUGGCUGACAUUUUCACGACCUGCGUGGACAUCCGUUGGCGCUGGAUGUUUUUUCUCUUCUCUCUUGCUUUCAUUUUAUCCUGGCUGGCGUUUGGUUUCAUCUUCUGGCUCAUUGCCCUUGUACAUGGUGACUUUGACAGAAGCUCUAAUGAAGAGUUCACACCUUGCAUCAUGCAGGUCAACAGUUUUGUGGCAGCCUUCCUGUUUUCUGUCGAGACCCAGACCACUAUUGGUUAUGGCUUCCGUUGUGUGACUGAAGAGUGCCCGCUGGCUGUGCUUAUGGUUGUUGUACAGUCCAUUUUGGGUUGCAUCAUUGACGCUUUCAUGAUUGGUGCCAUCAUGGCCAAAAUGGCCCGACCCAAAAAGCGUGCACAGACGUUGCUGUUUUCACACAACGCUGUCAUCGCUAUGCGUGAUGGAAAGCUGUGCUUGAUGUGGCGUGUAGGAAACUUGCGCAAAAGCCACAUUGUCGAGGCCCAUGUUCGAGCACAGCUGAUUAAACCAAGAGUGACGGAAGAGGGUGAGUACAUCCCACUUGACCAGAUCGACAUCAAUGUUGGCUACGACCAAGGCAUUGACCGCAUCUUCCUUGUUUCCCCUCUGACCAUCAUCCAUGAGAUAAACGAGGAGAGCCCACUCUUUGGAAUCAGCAAACAGGACCUGAUGAAUGAAGACUUUGAGAUUGUCGUGAUCCUCGAGGGCAUGGUCGAGGCCACAGCGAUGACAGCUCAGGUGCGCAGCUCUUACCUGUCCAGCGAAAUCUUAUGGGGUCAUCGCUUUGAGCCAGUCGUGUUUGAGGAGAAUAACCACUACAAGGUAGACUUUACGCACUUCCACAAGACUUAUGAGGUGCCCUCUACACCACGCUGCAGUGCCAAAGACAUUGAGGACAGCAAGUCAUUGCACUCCAGUGCGAAUUUUUGCUACGAGAACGAGUUGGCGUUCAGCAGGGAGGAAGAGGAGGAGGAAGAUGUAAGGGGAAUUUUGGGGACUGAGAUGGAAACCCUAUCAGUCAGCCUGAAUUCUGACCAGAGGUCACACCAUAAAGAGUCGGAGAUAUGA